UCUUUGGUGAAAACCCGAAAACUGCAGUAAAAUAAAACGUAGUGAUUACAUACUCUUUGCAGAAAAGAAGCACAAUUCAGCACGGGCUACUUAACUUUGAAAAAUCGGUGAAAUAAGUGCAUUUCUUUGUAUUUUAAUUUAUUAUUGUUUGCGUAAAGUAAAAAGUAAUAUAUCUUUCAAAGUUUAAUAGUAGUCACUUUCACUGCCGCGAAGGUUUUGGCCGGAGAAAGUAAAAAUAAUACAAAAUGCGCUGUUGUGUGCCUUUCUGCAAAAAUACUUCCACCAAUGUGUCCACAUCAGAUACUAAGGGGAUUAGUUUUCACGCUUUACCUAGUGAGGCGCAUCUCCGUGCUGCUUGGCUUCAAGCUCUCUGCAUACAAGACAGUCACCUGUUAGACUCUGCGAUGGUCUGCUCGCAGCAUUUUCUUGAUGACGACAUUCAUGAAACAGAAAGUGGGUUAAAGCAGAUUGGCACUGGUGCUAUUCCUUCAAUAGUGCAGGUUUGCAUGAUAUGCCUAGACACUGACAGCAAGCUGUUUCUAAUGAGUGAACACAAAUUGGAAGAAGCAUAUAAAAUGUUAACUGGAUAUCCAUUGUAUGAUCUAAGAAACCUAAAACAAACACUUUGCGGACAAUGUGCUCAAAGACUGAUAAACUUUAGUAGAUUCAGAGACAAGAGCUUGAGAGCCCGUGCACUGAUGAUGGACUUAGUUGAAAAACAUGAAUUUAUAACAAGACAACAUAUAAAGAUGAUAAACCACACAAAGAACCAGCUAAACAGUGAUCUUGUGGUGACAACGCUAGGACCUGACCACUGCGACUUGUACAUACUGGACUCCUCAGACAAACAGACAGAAUCAGAGCCAAUCCAAUAUAUUAGUGUGGUGAAGAAUGAAGAAAGUUAUGACUCGCCAGUUGAUGAAGACAUGGAAGUGGCAGAGGAAGAUGACAAUACUGCAGACAAUGUCAAAGAUGAGUUGGUUGGUAACAACAAAAUUUUAUCCGAAAGUGAGAUAUUGGAAACUAAAGUGUCUGAAAUGCCAGAUCCUUUAAAGUAUGAAAGUGGUCCAUUCCCAAGUUCUCUUUGUUCUGAGGAGUUUGUCAGUGAACAUGCGUACAUGCAACAUAUGCGCAUGCAUGACCAGAAAGUUGGUGGGAUCUUUGACUGUGAAGUGCCUCAAGACCGCAAACCUCAUACAGCCAUGAGCUCCUCACACUCUCCACGCCUCACUGAUAACAAGUACAAAGAAGAAAAAAAGAAGGCCAGACGGAAGCAGGCCUCGAGCCCGUCCGCACACUCGCCUCCAAAUGCAGAUACUCGAGGUGUAAAACACCAAGCUAUAGGUCUGAAAGCCAGAGCGAGAAUUGUGACCUUGCAUGGGAAUGGCCUGAAUAUAUCGCAAAUUGCCAGAGAAAUGGGCUUAUCUAGGAACACGGUGAGUCGUUGGGUGAAGAGAUUUGAAGCCGAAGGUACUCUGAAGGACCGUGAGAGACCUGGAAGGCCGCCUCUCAUCACAGAGUCCCAACGAAAUCUUAUGGUCCACGAAUAUGAGACGAAUGGUUUCAUCCCAACUGAGCGUUUUGCAUGUGAAUUUGAUACAUCAGUAGUGACUAUCCGGCGCGUACUCCAUGCCGAAGGUUUGCGUCAAAGAAGAAGACCUGCCAGGAAACCAAGGAGACGAAAAAAUAAAGAGAAAUGAUUACAUUAUGCUCGAGAAUAGGGGUUUUUGACGUGACAACGUCUUAUAAUUCGAUAGAGCCGGCUGCACGCACGAAAUAACAUGACUCAUGCGGCGUUACCUCGCUCUGAGGCGUUCCAUGUAAGGCUUG